AGUUUAAAUUUCAGUGCGCGCGCCUGCACCCGCACGAAAGAGUCGGAAGGGACGGUUUGCCGCGGCUGGUUUGCAGUCGGUCUCUUCUUGGUUACUGACACAUUGCAACCGCUAAUAAAAAAACAAAAAAAAAGAGCAGCAUGUCGGACGAAAAGCCAAAGGAAGGAGUAAAAACGGAGAACGACCACAUUAAUCUGAAGGUAGCAGGUCAAGAUGGCUCAGUGGUACAGUUCAAAAUCAAAAGGCAUACUGCACUCCACAAACUCAUGAAGGCAUACUGUGAACGACAGGGACUGUCGAUUCGCCAAAUAAGGUUUCGGUUUGAUGGGCAGCCCAUAAAUGAGACGGACACACCUGCACAGUUGGAAAUGGAGGACGAGGACACUAUUGACGUGUUUCAACAACAGACAGGAGGAGCAUAUUCUUAAGUGGAGCGCCGCCUUUUGUUGGCGUGCAUCCUCACCAUUUUCUUUCUUCCCAUGUUGUAAUUGUUUCUUGUUUGGGGGGUUUUAACUGUUUUCCUUUCUGCAUUCUGCUGGGAUCAGUGCGGGGCUUUUCACAACAUGCAACAAUAGGUAGGUUUUACAUUUUCGAGGGACUUGCUGUGCAAAUCGGUGUGAGUUUGAACAUGUUUGAAAUUUUCAAAAAGGCAGUUUGCGUCCACGUCAGGGAGAGUGUGUCUCACACUACUUUCAGCCUGUGUAAUAUUCACCACACAUAAAUAUAUGCCAAGAUACUUUUUCAUAUUGUCAGUGGGAAUUUACAGUACCGGUAUGUUAUAUUUGGGAAUGUUCUUUGCUGUCUUUAGAUAGAAAGUACAUCAUUGCGUCACUUAUUUACUUGUCUUUUUUUUUUUUAUUCCCGAUUAUUUGUGUUCAUGCUUGCAGAGAAAUAUGAGUGCGAAUGAUGUAGCUUUGUUUCUGAUGUUGCACUCAGAGCAGAUAGAAUGAUAAAGUACAGUCAUUUUGCUGGACCAAAAAACAAUACAAAUGCUAAAUAAAGUGUUCUUUUUAUAAAAGUUUUGCUUUAUGCCAAA